UGUUCAAACUGCAAUAUGAGUGCGGACGAAGAAAAUGCUGAGGAUAUUGGAUGUAUUUGCAGUGAUUGUGGAUCUGUGCAGAUUCCGAAUGGGUCUGGCAGUGACUGUCAGGAGAUUUCUAGCGAAAUUAGUGGCUAUCAGGUGUUCGGUUAUGGUAUUGGGCAUUUUUACAAUGAUUUAUGUGCAAGUAUGUGGUUUACUUAUUUCUUGUUGUUUUUGGAAAAGGUCAUCGGCAUACGCAGUCCUGUCGCGGGUUUUAUAAUGCUUAUUGGACAGGCUACUGAUGCCGUGAGCACUGCAUUGAUUGGAGUUCUUAGCGACACAGUAUCUGCACCACUUUGUUUUCGACAUAGUGGACGAAGAAAAUCGUGGCACGUUUUUGGCACUGUUCUGGUCACAUUUUCAUUUACCUUUAUAUACAAUAAGUGUUUUGUGUGUCUUAAAUCCAAAACUGAUUGGGAUCUUUUUGCAUGGUACGCUCCAUUUGUAAUUGUAUUUCAAAUUGGAUGGGCUGCAGUUCAGAUCUCACAUUUGUCUUUGCUACCAGAGUUAACAAGCAACGAAAGCCGUCGAACGACAAUGAAUUCUGUCAGAUAUGGAGGUGCAGUAGUUGCAAAUCUGUAUAUUUUUGGUAUUCUCUUUAUAUUACUGCAUUUUGAUGAUAGUGGAUCUAACAUUGGUCCAUCUGAUUUGAAUCACUUUAGUACAGUUGCAUACACGGUCAUUGUCUUGGGACUGUUUACUGGUAUUAUAUUUUAUAUUACAACUGAUGAGCCUUCAAGAAUUGAUAGAGCUGGGGAAAUUGCUCAACAACACCAAUAUAGAAUUUCAGUUUCAUUAAAAUCAUCAAUUCUCAGAUGGAUGUGUCGUUUCCAAUUUUAUCAGGUUGGCAUGCUAUAUAUGCUUUGCAGACUAUAUAUCAAUUUGUCCCAAAUUUAUUUUCCAUUUUAUAUUGCUAACCUACCAAAUCUUUCAAAGAAAUAUGUUGCUGUUUUACCCAUGGUUUCCUUUUGUUCAUCACUUUUAGUUUCUUCUCUGAUUGGAAUACCUUCAGUCAAUCGUCGAUUAAGUUUGGAGAUUUUAGCUUUGCUUGGUUGUUCAAUUGGCAUCAUAAAUUGUGUAGCAAUGAAACUCAUUACGAAUUUUCCUGUUUAUAUAACUGCUGUUUUAUUGGGCGCUGCUCAGGCAACUUUAUUAAUCACUUCUCUUUCCGUAGUUGCGAAGCUCAUCAGUCAUGAGACGGUUAGUGAUCAAGUGAUCAUUUUUUCGACUUCACAGUUAUCAUUAUUUGUUUUGAUCUAUUUAUUUAUCGCAUUUCUGUGA